GACAUCUCUACAUGAACAUAAACAGUUUCGGAAACUACUGAUGCCUUCUCGGUGUGUGCGUUUACAAAAUGAGAAAGACUGCAUAAAUAUACAUCUACUUUGGUGACUACACCCGGUUUACGCAUUUCAGGUAUACAGUUCUUCCUCAUUUAAUAAAUAUAAUAUGUUAAAACCAACUAGCGGUAGUCGUUUUCUACUCUGUUUGUAUUGGACUUCAUGUUUCGGUUCUUUUGUUUUUUUUUUUUUUCCUUUGCACUAAACUAAAACCACGAUGUGAUUCUUUUUCAAAGGUUUGACUCAUGCAAAUCAAACUCCAGUCUUCUAAAUUUAAAAGCUACUUAGUUUGGCCAGUAAAACGCGAAUGCCAUGGCCUCGAAGAUGGAGGUUGCUGUUAAAGGGAAGGCCAAAAGGAGGCACCUGAAUGCAGAGGAAUGCGAUGAACUGGGACGACAUCCAGAUGGAACUGGUGCCCUCACACAGCCCCACACUGUAAACUCGAGACAGCGUAACAGGGACCCUAAUCGUGGGCUUUAUCCCAAAACUCCAACCAAGCGACAGAAAUCAUCGGCCUCAGGAAGUCCUGCUGGGGGUCAGAAAGCCAUCAAUGACUUCUUCAGUGUGACAAAAGUCAUCAGUUCUAGUCCAAAUAAAUCCUCCCAGCCCUGUUCAUCCACACAUAUGAAUGGAGUCAGAGGAGAGUUAUUUCCCAAAGCAGACCCUGAGAGAGAAAAUGAUGAUGAUGAGGAGGAUGAUGAUGCCAGUUUGUUAGCUGCUGUGUUGGUGACUGAGUCUAAGGCAAAGGAGGAAAUGGAAGUGACUGAUGACACUAGUCUGUUACCUACACAAAGUGUUUUAGAGACCAAAGAAAUGGUGGAGGAGAUGGACUAUCUGGAGGGAAUAACAUCAGAGAUGUUUGACGAUGAUGACGAUUUUCUUCAGUGUAGCAAUGCAAAGGGACCCCAGGAACAUAUUGAUGAAGAGGAGGUGGAAGCACUCCUUGAUGCUCACUAUGGACUUCUGGGCAGUGGCAGAGACUUGCUUCAGCCCCAGGGUUGUAUUGACGAUCUACCGGAAGAGGUGCUGAGACACGUCCUAUGUUUUGUCCCUGCACAAGACCUUUACCGCAAUGUCAGUCUGGUGUGUCAUCGCUGGCGGAACAUAGUUGAGGACACAAAGUUUGUUCCUAACAAGAAACGGUACUACCGGUACACAGUGAGAGAGAAGAACACUAUGGCGGACAUCUUCUCCAUCCUGAAGAGUAAUGGCAUAAAUGAUCGAGCAUCAAACCAAAACAGCAUACGAAAUCUAGUUACUUUAAUGGCACACUAUAAGGUUGGUGAACGGGUGAGACCAGAAGAUGUUCUGGAGUGUGUAAAGAAACACCGUCUUUUCCCUCAGGCUGAGGCUUCCAUCAGAUUACGAAUCCCCAACAUUCAGAAGAGCAUUAACCUUGGCAUUGAGGGUCCCAACCCGUAUGCAGCCAUGGCUGUGAUCCUGAUCCUCAAUGAGACCGUUGAUGACGUGCAGUCCUUGGUGUCUCUGCUUACAGUCUGCAUGUCAUACACAGCUAUCACAGAGUACCUUUGCUACAUGGCUACGAUGCUGCUCGCUUUAAAGAGGAGCAACAUACGAAUUAGUAACAGGGUGCAUUACAACAUCUACUAUGUACUUCACUUGAUGGAAAAUGGUCCUUUUUCAGUCACUGUUGAUCAGAGCAGGCAACCACAGAUUCAACUCACACAUGAACAGCAGCAGAUCCUUAGCCAUGACAUCCACAAAGACCAUGUUGUCAAGAUCAUGGCUUUUGCAGGUACAGGGAAGACAACUACAUUGGUGAAGUAUGCUGAGCAGCGGCCAGACCUCCGCUUCCUUUAUGUUGCCUUCAACAAGUCAGUAGCCACAGAGGCAACGCGACGCUUCCCCAGAAAUGUGGCCUGUAAGACUGUCCACUCCUUAGCCUUCAAAGAUGUUGGGAUUAGGUAUCACAUUGGCAAGAAGCUAACGUCUAAUUUGAACGCAUUCGUUAUCAACUCCGUUCUGCCUAAAGGCCGUGGUGGCUUUUUGAAGUCCAAAAUUGUGCUCACAACUCUCAAUACUUUUAUGGCCUCAGUGGACCCAGCCAUCACCACCAGUCACGUCCCCAGCACAUACAGAACUAACCGCAACACCAAGGGAUACAUAGAUUCUGAUGAAAAAGUGCUUUUUGCACGUGAUACAGAGGUAAUCUGGACAAAAAUGAAGGAUCUCAGAGAGAAGAGACAUGAAGCUCACUAUAUGACUCAUGAUGGUUACCUGAAGUUAUGGCAACUCCAAAAGCCAUGUCUUUCCAAUCAGUAUGAUGCCAUUUUUAUUGAUGAGGCCCAGGACUGUACUCCAGUUGUACUGGAUAUUCUCCUGUCCCAGAGAUGUGGGAAAAUCCUUGUUGGAGAUCCUCAUCAACAGAUCUACACAUUUAAAGGAGCUGUUAAUGCCUUGCAGGAUGUUGAUCACACACACAUCUUCUACCUGACACAGAGUUUUAGGUUUGGUGCUGAGAUUGCCUAUGUGGGUGCUGCCAUCCUUAAAGUAUGCAAGAAAGUCCAGAAGAUUCUUGUAGGAGGAAGGCAGAAGGGUGGUGUGAGUGACGACACUGCAGUCAGGGUUGCGGAGGCUGUGAGGACUGGUGUGAGUCUUUGCCGUGGGAAGACGGCCAUUCUGUCAAGAUGCAAUUUCACUGUGUUUACAGAAGCUGUCCGCCUGACUGACAUCAAUCCACAGUGUCGUAUACAUUUUGUUGGAGGUGUCAGAGGUAUUGGCCUAGAUAAGAUCAACGACAUCUGGAAGCUGAUGCAAAAGGCACAACCGGGAGCCCAAGGCGCAAAUGAACAAGCAAUAUUAGGCAUCAGGGAUCCCCUGAUUCGCUCCUUUGCAAAGAAGAUGGGCUUCUGGGGCCUGAAGGCCUACGCUACACAGACUGAGGACCGUGAGCUAGAAGGCAAACUUAGUAUAGUUGAAAAAUACAGACAUCGCAUUCCUGCAUUGGUGGAACGCUUCACUAUGUGCAGUGAAGAAGACUUUCUCAAAGCAGACUUCAUCCUUGGAACAGUUCACAAGGCCAAAGGAAUGGAGUUUGACACUGUGAUGGUGACUGAUGACUUUGUCAAGGUGCCCUCUUCCUGGCACAAUGUGCACCAUUUCCCUGACUUCUCAUUCGCUCAAGAUCCGGAGGAUGAGUGGAACCUGCUUUAUGUGGCUGUGACUCGUGCCAGGACGUCACUAAUAAUCACCAGGAAUAUCCACCGCAUCCUCACAUUUGAUGGAGAUUACUUCCUGAAAUCUGAGAUGCCCAGCUCCCUGCUGAAGUCUAAUGAUCCUCUCCCAUGCCGUGUUGGGAAUUGUCCAAACUGCAUCACACCAGGCUCAUCUUUCAUCAUGUGCAAGAGAAGGAUGGAAUAUACUGAUGGUGCGUCUUCAGAGGGCCCCCUGUGUGAAAGAUGUGUGUGGACACGAAUUGGCCCAACUGCCUUCCUCAUGACUGAUGAUGUGCUUUCAAUGGCAGAAAUACCAGAAAUGUUCAACCCACCAGGUCCCCACAUCAUGCUCCUUGCUCUCUUCUGACAAGACCAUGAGUAAACAUGUGAUGAGUGUGAGGUUACACAGCAGUUUUUAUUUUUCAAAUCAUUUUAAAUUCAUGUUUACACUGGUAACCUUUUUCAAAGGAUAAGUGGUCAGGAACAACUCACUGCUCAGUGGGGUGAAUUGUUUUUUUUUUUUUUUUUUUAAAUCAUUUUUAUGUGCUAGAUAAAGGGAUGGGGGUGUUUGGUGGUGUUAUUUCCAGCUCAGAUGUUGUGAAUGCAUAACUGAGAGCUCAACAAGAGCUCUGUGUUGAUAAUGACAUUGUUUGACUUUAAUAGAGUGCUUUUAUUGCCUGUUUAAAAAAUAUCUGUAAAAGACCACUAAUAAAAAAGACCAUUCAAAUAAUGUCAUAUUGAUAGUAAAAGGUCAUUUUAAGUUUGUAGCUGUUUGUGUUAUAUACAGUCUCUCAAAGUGUGUCUAUGCUUACCACCCAUUUAUGACAGCUGUGGGAUUUGGUGGGUGGUGGACACUGCCAAACAUCUGUUAACAAUCACACUCAGCCUUUCAGAAACACUUGAGUACUAAAAAGGAAAUAAAAUAGAACAGAAAUACCCAGAUAUUUACGCACCCGAGAGGAAGUUCAUUUGUCCUUCAGUUCAGGAGAAGAGAGAAAAUGAAGGAAACAUUAAAAAACACCUCAAGUCACCACAACUACUUAUAAACAUUGAAUUAAGACCAGUGUGCUUAAUGCAAAAAACCAACACCUAUGGUGGAUGUGACCUGAAAUGACUUCUGAUAAAGAUCACAGAAUUAACAUCGGUCUGGCCUUGUUGCUUAGAAAAUGUUUUGCUUGUUCCUCAAACAGCUGCGUACAGAUGGAGCUUGCAAAGUCGGAAAUGCAGGCUGUAGGAAAAAUACAACAUCUGUUCAGACAAUGAAUACAUUCAUAAUAGUGUUACCGUUAAAGACCUAGUUUUUAUCAAUAGCCUUGUUACUUUUGUAACAGCAGGCAGUGUCUAUCUUACAUUUUAACACAGGUCUCUAAAUUAGUGGUGCAGGCUAUCGUUAAGAACCACUAGACUAUGUUGUCAAGUUUUUACAUGUCUGACAGAAACUGAAGCACACAAAAUAUUGACAAAAGAGGAUACUUGUACAAUUUUAUUUAUCAUUGUCAUAACUGUUGCAAUUCUACAGACGCACAGAACUGAAUCCCUUCACAUGUAAAAGGUUAAUGUAAAAUAUACUGUGUAUAGGAGUGUUGUUACUAACAGUAAUGACUGCAGUGGUAUACAGUUCACAGUAAAAUGUCCUCAAAGAUUAAAAAAACAAACAAACCCAACAACGAUUAGGGGAAGUGAUGUGUACUGUGAAUGGUUCAUCUUUCCUGAGAACUGGCUUUUUCUUAGAAUAUCUGACCCAAGAGUGGUUUUAUAAAUUCUCUUCACAACA